CACCCACCCGGGCGCCCGCUUUCCUCGGGGUCGCAAUCCAUAGCACCAACGGCGUCACUUCCUCGACGUCCAGAGACAUGAGUACCACACGCUGCGCAUUCUACUCCUUCUGGCCUCUUCUGGCACCCUGCGCCGCCCUUCCAUCCCAUCCAGUGUCGCCGGCCUGCGGUGGCCUUGACUGACUUCCAAAGUGGCCUGGCUCCUUCGACUCCCGCCUCCGCCUCUAACGCAUCUUCAACGUUGUGCUCAAGUGUGACGUGACCGGACCUGACAAGACAAGACAAGACGGGACACACGCCUCUUCUGUUGUUCCUCGUCCCGCUCGCUGCCCUGGCUUGCCUUGCCUCGUCCUCUCCCGACCUCCCACCAGCCCGCCCAGCAGCAUUACGACUCCAUCCAGCCGUGUCGUCGUCCCGCCAGAGCCGACUUUUUCUUUGUCAUUGCAUAUAGGAGCAUCUUUCCGCGCCAUUCUUUCCAGGGGCUCGCUCAGGGACCCUUUCUCGAGGAGCACAACCUCCCUCCCUCGCGGUGCCUGAAUCGCCUGUCCGACGCCUGCCUGCCCUCCUCUCCUAACAACCUCCCUACCACCCCGCAACCUCAACCCCUGUAUAGACCGGGCCCCGUCCACUCGGCGGGCAGUCCUACAACCACUUUGCCACCCGCAAGGCACCUCUAGACACUUCAAUGCGGUCAGGGCAGAGUCUCCAGCAGUUGUCGCAAUAGAAUUGUGCCAAAACUACCCCUUCGCUGGCCCGCCUCACCUGCUGCGACGCCAGCUGGGAUAGUUGCAGCUCGGGAACUUUCGUCCGAAGUGGACGCACUUGGGCCAAGGCAUUUCGGGCCCUUCACAAUGGCUGCGGUCGACACCUCGCCAAGGGCAGGCUCCGGCCCUUCGAGCCCAAUCCAGAGGAAGCCAGUUGCUACCACCCACGCAUCGCAACAACGCAGUGUGCGGGAAACGGGGAAGGCGCUGCCUCCCAUUCCCAUGACCGAGGGCUCGAGGCUGGGGCAGUCGCCUAUAUCACCAGUCAAGAUGAACGUCAAAGAGGACAACUGGGCCCAGCCUUCCACCGCGACCAUAGAAACGGGCGAGCCAAACCACCACCGAGAAUCACCUGCACCGACAUCACAUAGACCACAACUAGAGUUCUCGCAGCCCGAGGGGACCGUACGGCGUGCAAGAGAAGCCUCCCUAGACCCGUACCCUCCAGCUCACACUUCUGACUUUGAUUUCACCCCGGACUCGAGCCUCGGAGGCAGCGGUGCUUCAACGGAAGCCGGUCAAAGCACUGCCCAGACGCCCACGAAGCAGGAGGACAACAGGCACAGUCGCGAAACGGACACUUCUGGGUCCACGCCCAGUAUCUCAAACCCACAGACAUCGACUGGUGCAUCAGUGGUCACCAGCGCGAGCUCGGUCUCCAACUCAUUGGACAAUGGACAAGGCAGGAAAUCCGAGGAUGCUUCUACUGUCGGCUCCAUUCCUGAGGAGCCUGAACAGGUCCAGCUCGUUCCGCAGCUACAGUACCACCACCAACCCUUCGUGCCGAGGACAGCAAGCUCCGCAAACGACCAGAAUCCGCGGGCCGUGUCGACGCCGGACUUGCUGGAGAAUGGCACAGCUGUCAACCGCCAUUUGACACCCGUCUCCAAUAUGAGGAGAAGUUCGAUGCCUCGGCCGCAGUCGACAUACUCUGCCCAUUCUGACCGUGGCCGAUCGUCCGCUUAUUAUGGGAACACGAGCCCGCGCGCCCCAUCGUUACAUUCAAGGAAAUCACCAGACAACCGCCAGUCCACCUACGCUGAGCUUCUCAACGUGCCCUACCCGCAGCCAGCUCCGGCGCCGCUCACCAUUGACAACUCUCAGCUGCGAAAUGUAGUAGGAUCUAAUGCCUCUCUGCUGAGCUCGCAGAAGACGCUUGACAUGUAUCGACAGAACGUAAAGAAGACAAACGACGUCUCGCUGCAGUACUCAUUUGCGGUCUUCCUGAUAUCAACAGCUCAGGAUCAGGGAUUUGACGUCACGAAACCCCAGCCUAAACCGUCGUCCAAGUCAGGUCACAGCCGCGAUGGCUCGUUCGUUGACGAGACGGGCUCUGGCCCGCAUGAACUGGUGAGAGAAGCUCGAGCCAUCCUGCAAAAGCUUGCCAACGCCGGUUAUCCUUUCGCCCAAUACUACCUUGCGGAUGGCUAUGCGUCAGGACUAUUCAGUAAGGGAAAGGAAGACUACAACUCAGCCUUUCCUCUGUUUGUCUUGGCGGCCAAGCAUGGUCAUGCAGAGUCUGCAUAUAGAACCGGAUUGUGUUACGAGUUCGGGUGGGGGUGUCGAAAAGACCCGGCAAAGGCCGUCCAGUUCCUGCGAACAGCCGCCUCCAAACGGCACCCAGGAGCGAUGACGAGACUCGGCAAGGCCUGUUUGUCUGGCGAUCUGGGUGAAAAACGCUAUCGUGAGGGUCUGAAAUGGCUAAAGCUAGCGACUGAGUCGGCGGAUGCAAUGUACAAUGCAGCACCCUACCACCUGGGUUGCCUUUACGAAACGGGAUAUGGCGAGGACAUCUUCAAAGACGAAGGGUAUGCCGCCGAGUUACUGACACAAGCUGCCGACCUUGGGCAUCCGGAAGCCAACUACCGCAUGGGCGAUGCUUACGAACACGGCAAACUCCAGUGUCCGCGGGACCCAGCCUUGAGCGUACACUUCUACACCGGUGCUGCCGAGCGAGGCCACGCCGCAGCCAUGAUGGGUCUCUGUGCUUGGUACAUGGUUGGAGCAGAGCCUGUCUUAGAAAAGGACGAGGAGGAGGCAUACGAAUGGGCACGCAGGUCUGCCGAACUAGGCUACGUCAAAGCACAAUACGCGGUCGGCUACUUCACGGAGAUGGGCAUCGGCUGCAGGAGAGACAUUCUUGAGGCUAACGUCUGGUAUGUCAAGGCCGCAGAUGCUGGAGACGACCGAGCAAGGCAAAGACUCAAUGCCAUCCGGGCGGCAGCAAGCGGCGGUAUGCCGAUGGAGGUCGGGCCCGCAAAAGCGCACAACCUUAGGAAGUCAAAGAGCGGCACGAAGGACGACAACUGCCUGGUGAUGUGAGCACAUUAUACAACACGUUGGCCUGGGUCACGAUUGGGCCUGUGCAUAUCUGACGCCAGGUGGUGGAUGAGCAUGGUGGAACCGAGCGAUUAAUGUUGAUGCAUCGCGGCUCGGUUCCCACUAGGUGUGUGGUUCUGGAAAAUGCCCUUCACUAGGGCCGGUUGCAUAACUUUUGGGGAUGCAGGAACGGGGCGGGAGGGCAGUCUGCAAUGUUUACUGCAUAGUUUCUAUCAAGAAGUGGCGAACAUAGCAUGGGCUUUCCGGGCUGACCAGUGGAAGGAUGCUCAGACCGGGGCAUUGGACGCGGCAUUUGAUGUUAUUUAUUUUUCGGCACGCUCUGUACGUGUGCAUCUUUAUUGACUUCCAAAUGAUACACACCUCUCGCGCGCG